UCCUCGCUUUUCGGCUUAGGAUGACUUCCUGUUUAUCCUGUUUAUAGGAUAUUUUAAGAUGCAUAUCAUGUCAAUAAAUCACCUUAAAAUAGGUUUUAAGGAUUACAUUAAAAUUUGACGAAUUUGUUUACAGUUCCGAAACAUGCAAUUCGAAUAAAUUUGAAUUUGGAUGGUUCUAACUUGCAUAAAAUUUAAGUAGCUAAUGCGGAAUAUUUUAAAAAUAUUUACGUGGCCUAAGGAAAUAUAAAUCUUAAAGUAAAUGUCUUUUAAAUAUAAGUCGUGUAUCCAAGAAUAAAAACUAUAGUUCGGUUUCUUAAGCAAAGAUAUUGAGAAAAGAAUUCGUAAUCAGGCACGUUGUACGGUGGAUAUUGCUCGCGCGAUUUGCUGAACCAUGCGAAAAAUGACCGUCAAACUAAUCUCGGGUCGACAAGGCUAUCAGACUGUGACGUCUUUUUUCACCGCGCAGCUUCGACAUCGCAAAUGAAAAUUUUUCAGUGGUGGCCGAAACGUUCGCUAGUGAUCUUCGCAGAAAUCUCAUUGUCAAAGACGAUCAGCAAUCGAUUAUAAUUGAUGUCACGUUAUUUUUUGUGACCAACCAUCGAACGAUUUCUGCAGAGAAGAAUUUGGCACGAAGAUCGCUGAGUACAGAGCGACCGUAUUUACUAGACAUCGUACCAGAAUGACGCAAGUGACGGGAAUCAUGGAGAAGAAGGAGGUUUUAAAGGGGAAGCCAACUCUUGUCAGACGAGUGUCCGAUAUGUUUAAGGAUGGAAACUACAGCGGGCCACCGAUGCUGUUCCGACAUGCAUCGAUGAAGAAGAUCCGCCAUUGUUGUCAGAAUUUAAAUCUGCUUCCGUUCCUGCUUUACUCCUUCGGCAACUCCAAGUCGCAUCCGAUGGUACGAAAAAUGCACGUCUACCUCAGUUGUCUUCUUCAAGAGAUAACCAUCAGCUUCCUGAUCACGUAUCAGAAUCUGCGCCGCUCAGUGCUAAACAAGAUUCGCGUCGAAAAGUCGAUUAAUGCACAAGAAGCGAUCGCGGAACCGAAAGACAAUCUCGCAAAACCCGCCGCGAGGUUUAGCAAGUUUAAGAAGCCGAAACGCAAGCCGCAUCCGUUCUACCUGGUCGUAGCCGUUUACUUGGCGCCGUUGCUGCUGCUCUGCCAAGUGAUAACCGUGUGCACCCUGACGAUCAUCGGCAAGUACACGCCGGGCUUCAUCUUCCUCAUGAGCGCGCUGCUGUUCCUCGGUGGUAUCGCGUACAAGAUACUGACGCAUCAGAAGAUAGUACAACAAGGCGUCAACAAGUGCGAGAAUAAGAAGAUACAGUGAUCCUCCAUUUCCGGUGCAUCGCCAAUUGUUUCAUAGCUUCCAGAGACAGUCAAAGAACUGAAAGAACUCUAUUCCGUUGGAGUCCGUGCCUUUACGCGCGGCAUCAGACAUUACCACUUGUGCAAUCACCGCGUAUGUUAACAUGUUUGCGUUCUGAUUAAACCACAAUAAUCUCUUCCAUUUAUCUCGAUGUAGCUCCUUAGGUUCCCUUUCUCAUCACGAGUUAGCGGUUUGUACUCUCCUUUUUUUUAUACGUUGUUAAAGAGUUAUUAAGUUCUAGACAUCGCGUUGAUACCUAACAUACAUCGCGAAGAAGAAGAAGACGUUUUUUUAUAGGCUAAGUACAAUAACGCUUAAAAAAGCGAAAGCAUAAUCUUAAUUGUUCUCAAGCGUAAUCCCUAAGGGUCGUCCGCGCCCCUCGAAUUUACGAAGCAAGCGAUCGCGAGUACCUAUGUCCCCUGCAGCAUAAGACUGAGAAUUGUUUUUAACGUGUACGUUUGUAAAUAAAUAAGUACGAAUAUUCAGGAGAUAGAUUUGUAAAGCUGUUCUAUUCUGGCGAACGAAGCGAUAGAAGGUAUACUUGGGAGCCUUGGUACGUCCAUUGAAAGUUAGCCAGAUCUGUGAUGGAGUGGGUACAAGUGAUAUUUUCGAUGGGCACUUGCAAUACCACUUAAUUAUGUGCGAUAAGAGUUAUUAUGAGUAGAUACGAUUUCUAAAAAUAUACGCUUUCAAA